CUCCUUUUCAGACGAUAUUGUGUGAAAACUCUUGAACUCUCAAAUAAUCUUGGGGGAACAACGAUGAAAUCCACACGCCAUUUCUGGAAUUUCAAGCUCUUACCCACUUCUAUAAAUUUCUCUCUGUUUUCUCUUCUUCUUCUUCCUCCACAAUCCCCAUGGCUGCUCUUCUUCCCUCUUUACUGUCCUUCUCCUGUUUGGUUCUGGUUUUCGCUGCGAUUCCGAUUUCUCUCUCACUCCCCUUCGUUGUAUUCCAUGGUAUAGGAGAUGAAUGCUCACAUCCUGGGGUUAAAAACUUCACUGAACUACUGAGUAACUAUUCUGGUGUUGAAGGAUAUUGCCUUGAAGUUGGAAAUGGAGUGUGGGAUUCUUGGUUUAUGCCCCUUGAGAAACAGGCUGGAAUUAUUUGUGACAAGGUGAAGAAAAUGGAGGAGUUGAAAGAAGGUUACAAUAUAGUUGGUCUCUCCCAGGGAAACUUGGUCGGCCGAGGAGUCAUCGAGUUAUGUGAUGGAGGACCACCAGUUAGGAACUAUAUAUCUUUAGGAGGUCCUCAUGCUGGUAUUGCUUCCGUUCCUCUUUGUGGUUCAGCCAUUUUCUGUCGCCUUGCAGACGAACUCAUCAAGUCAGAGAUCUACAGCGAUUAUGUUCAAGAUCAUCUAGCUCCCAGUGGUUAUCUCAAAUUACCAAACGCUAUCCCAAAAUAUUUGGAAAAAUGUAAGUUUCUACCAAAGCUCAACAAUGAACUCCCACAAGCAAAAAAUUCAACGUACAAGGAAAGAUUUAGUAGCCUACAAAACUUGGUACUAAUUAUGUUUGAGCAUGACACUGUUUUGGUCCCCAAGGAAACCUCCUUGUUUGGUUACUACUCGGAUGAGGAUUUUAAUUCAACUAUACCUGCACAGCAGACAAAACUCUACAUUGAGGACUGGAUUGGUUUGAAAGCCUUGGAUAAAGCUGGAAGAGUGAAAUACAUAAGUGUUGCUGGAGAUCAUGUUAAAAUUUCUAACAGCGACACAAGAAAGUAUGUGAUACCAUACUUGCAAGGAUAAAGGGUCACUCAGAUGGAUCUGGGAAAGUCAAAGAGCACCAUAAUAUUGAUUAAAUAUGAGCAAAGCAGCAGUAAAAAAAAAGAGCAAGAUAGUUAACAAAACAAAGUUCUUUGAAUCCUCAUGAACUAUGCAAAAGCCUAUUUUACAAAUAUAUAUGGAAAAUAUAAAAGUAUUUAUCCUAUGUAUUCCAAGAGACGAGUCAAUGUUCAAUGCAAAGAGUCAAAUUUAU